AUGUCUGUCAAAGUGAAUGUACUUCUUGUCGGCGCUGGCGAGAUAAACUUUGGUUCAGUGGAAGGUCCCUGGAAUCAUACCUCACGCUUAGAGAAGAUCUUGACUUCUCGAUUGCGCAUCGUGGCUCUCGUAGAUCCCGACCAAUCGCGUGCCUUCGCUGCGCUUCAGUCAAAGCUGGCAUCAGCUGUCGCCGGCGUGUGGAAGGAUUGCAAUCUCUUCCCUUCCGUCUUUGAAGCCGCAGCUUCACUUUCCCCGGAAUGCGUGCCUCAGAUUGCCAUCGUUGGCGCCCCUCCAUUCGCACGAGGUACUGACAUUGCGGGGCGGGAUCUCGAGUUACAGCUCCUGAAGGUGUUCCCGGCAUGUGCCCUCUUCAUUGAGAAGCCUGUGAGCAGCGGUCCAGAAGAGGCGUCUUGGAGAGUCGCACAGGCACUCGCAACACAUGGAACGUUAGUCGGCGUGGGUUACAUGCUACGCUACUUGAAGGCUGUGCAAUUGAUCAAGAAGGUCAUUUCGGACAAUGGGCUGGUCGUAAUGGGUACCAAUGCUCGAUAUGUCAUGGCGUACGAAUGGGCAAGGAAGCCAGCAUGGUGGGACAAAAGCCGCUCGGGAGGCCCGAUCAUUGAGCAGGCAACACACUUCUGUGAUCUCUCCCGAUACUUUGGCGGGGACGUACACCUCCCUUCCGUGGUCGCCCACACGGUGCAGCACAACGAGCCUCCUGGCGAAUUAUCGGCUAAGCGCUUCGAUGAGGACCAAAUCCCUGCAGAGAACAGAUUGCCGCGCCUGACCAGUGCAACUUGGAAGUACACAGGCGGUGCUGUCGGCACAUUGACCCACGUCAUUGCGUUGCAUGGUACGACUUACGACACCGAGUUCGAGGUCUACGCGGACGGAUACCAUUUCAGGCUCGUCGAUCCCUACUCCAUACCGAAGUUGUAUAUAAGACGCCCCGGUGUGGCCGAAGUCGAGGCGCACACAUUCACCAAUGACGAUCCUUUCCACACCGAACUAGCGACCUUUGUGGGUGUAGUAGAGGGAGACCGUCGGAAUGAAGCGAUUCUGAGUUCUUAUGAGGACGCUAUCAAGACCUACGAGUUGACCUGGGCCAUUAGGCGGAAGAGCGAGCGUGCCGCUGAGGAUUACAAUCAGAACCCAUAAGGUCCAUCGAAGUGUAAAACGCAACAUUUGCACAGAUUGGCUGUCCGUUCUGCGUUGGACGCUAUGGAGAUAGGCUGGUAGAGGACGGCUAUCUUAAUCAGGAGGACGAGUAGUGGUCGGUCCCGAUGGAUGCAAUGUACGAGACCCUCGCAAUGGUCAUGCAAAAUGGACCAUGAC